AUGCGACUUACGUUUGGCUGUUCCAUUGCUUUGAAGGCGAUCAUCUUGGUUGUUGUUGUACACUUCUGGGCCGUGCUGCUUCAGCCGGCUCCUGUUUGUUGGCACACUCAGAAGACUUUUCUGCCAUCUAUAAUCAGAAAGUAAGAAUUAAUUCAUUUUUCGACAUUUCUAGUUUUUUUAAAAUUGUUUCUUAUUACCUCGUUUACUUUUCGUUCAAUCGUAUGACUUGACCUCUAAAAUCAUAUAAUUGGCAUAUUAGGCAAGUAAAAGAAGUAAAUGGCGUUUACUGCUAUCAUCUGGACUUCGCAGAGAACUUGUUGUGCUCGCGAACAGAGACCGAAUACAGUCCUUGGUGGAGAAUCGACAUUUUUAUCGACCGACUCAACAACCACGCCCUUUGCAUUCCGAGAAAGAACGUAUACUACUCACUCGGGAUUCAGACAGCUUGGACGUUGUUUUUGCAGUUCAUCCACUUGAAUACGUUGUUCUUCCGUGACGGCUACUGGCUCAGUCCACUCGAUUUUGUUGGCAGCUUCUUUAACUUGGCUGGUAAGUUAUGAUAAUAUAUUUUUUUAAUUUCAUAGGCUUUCAUGAGGAAAAAUAGGUUACAAUAGACAAAUUAUAAUUUUUGUAAAUAUUCUAGUUAACUUUCAAAAUUGUUAUUAAUGCCAAAAAAUGUUUUAGCCUUUUGCUCCUUCUACCUAAUCUUCGUUUUCCUGAAGAACUCAUGGCCAGAUCUCUGGGAGACAUCUCAAUUGCCACAGCCGGUUGAUUACCUUGAUUAUGAUCGCUUGUACACGAUCCUCUACUUUCUGAUGUUUGUUUCGGCUUUGGAAUGGUUAAUAUUACACAUCAGCUACACGCAACAGGUCAAAGCAAAACAAAGCCAAGUUAGUGUUGUUGAAUCAAAAGAAGAUUAA